ACGCUUCUCUUCUCAAAGAGAGUGUCAGUCUAGCUAAACAGUUCGUCGAACACUGUUGUUCUGAACAAAUCCAGUCGAGUUUGGGCCUGUUUGAAUUUUGUGAAAUGUGUGUUCUGAAAUUUUAUUGAGUAAAUAGUUUUGUUGAAACUACCUUGAUGGCUUCUUGCCCUCUUGCUAUCCAGCUGAAGCUGGAGGAUCAGAUCCCAUUUGUGGAUGCCGAAGGGUCUUGUGAUGGAAGUAUCAGCAGUGUGGGGACAGGUAGCAUCUUGGGACACUCCACCACUAGUGAAGAAUAUCUUGACAAAAAUUCUAGCCAAGAAAGACUUUGGAAGUAUCAUCAGAAUCAUCAAGAUUCAUCAAUGGGAGACCACCAUAGUUUGAAUAACAUCCUGGACACGGUCACAUCAUCUCAUACUAGACUAACGGAUUUGGAUUAUUGUUCAGUGGACCAGCUUAAUGGGUCACACAUGAACAACUCACAUGAAUCCAUCAAGAUUGAAUCUCAUCUGGACACGGUUGUCACCAUUGAUGAACCUAUGAAGGAUGAAUGCAAAACUCCUUCUAAUAAUGGGGCCAAGCAUGCAAGGCCAAACACUCUCAUCUUGGGAAAAGAUGUAAAAGGUGGAUUUGUUUCCCUAACAUCUGCAUAUGCCUCUCUUACAGAACAGUUGAGCGAUAACUACGAGUCCAUCUACAACAGCAGCGUUAGUUACGGCUGUAAUGGUCAGUUAAGCCCAACAAAAUCCAUUCAUUCGGCUGCUUCGACUUCCAGUCCAUCACAACCCCAUCACUACAUUUCAUCGUACCGGAUAGCACGAACAUCCUUAUCACGCCGGACGGGCUCCAAAGUGGCAGCAACGGCCUCAGCCUCGUCUUCCUCGUCGUCAUCGACCUUGGAUCGAGUCGGAGUGGACCCUAGUCAUCGAUUACAAACGAUACUGAGGCAGCGUUAUCAAAAGCUCUGUGACAGUUUACCGGCUGUCUCGUGGUGUCCGGAUUUUCAUCCGCCGGUCCGACAAAUGAUAUUUAGUCUGGCUAGAGAUUCCUCAUGGGAGAAAGGCACGGCGACCCCUCAAAGACCAAAUCUACGCCGGAUUCCCCUUCAUGGCAUCUUUGCUGAGGAUCGCAGAUCUGAUAGACCGAAAUCUGGUGGACAGAGACUUUUAAUUAUGGGGGAAACGGGGUACGGAAAAACGACCCUGUUGCUUCGGCUACUGAACGAUUGGAGCACGCAAGACCCAGCCUUGGGCUACUUGGCACGAUUCAAGCUAGUCUAUUUCGUUCCCUGUCGUGACUUGACUGGCCAGCGUGUUAAUUUAUUUGGUUCGCCAAGUAAAGAUGAAACUGAAUUGGCUAUCAGUUUAGCGCCCGAGACGGAAAAUCAAACGCUUUUCCUCUUGGACGGAUUAGACGAGCUCAAUAUCUGGCCGGACGAAAUUAAAGAUUUGUUGGAAGGCCGCCUCUAUCCGGCUAGCACUGUUUUAGCCACUUCCCGUCCAGUGCCUGUUGCUGUCGCCCAUCCGGCAUUUCAUAAGCGGAUCAUCAUUCAUGGCUUUGAAUUGGUCCAUGUCGAGAGUUUCAUCCGCUCGUUUUUCGCCACGCCGCACGACCUCGAGCGUGACCAACCUCCUGCAAUGAUGGAUCUUCUCCAGGCGCGGCCUCGUCUCAUGAAAUUGGCAUCGAACCCGCUCAUGUGUUUCCUGCUUUGUCUCGUUUUUCAAGAGGAAGGUGGCAGAUUGCCGGAAUCAGCAGCAGAGCUCUUUGGAAUUCUCAUGCGUUUCGUCAUGCUGCGCUCUCUGCGCCAGAGCCAGCAGCAAGGUCACAUGACAACCCAACAGCGCAAAAUUUUGCUGGACUUUGGCCGCUUAACAUUGCAGGGCAUUAAGGAAAACCGGUACAUCUACACAGAUACUGAGAUUAAAAGCGCCUGCCAGACGUUGGACAUCGUCAAAUGGGGUUUCUUACUGAAAGGCAUCAACGUGAAUGUCAAAGGACAGAAGCGAACAUUUUACCAACCCAUCCAUUCGGCGUGGAGUGAAUACGCUGCCGCAUUGUAUCUAGCUUCGGUUUCGCAUUAUGCCAAUAUCAUACAAAGGGAAGUUUAUAGCCUUCCUUUGGAUGCCGAGCCUUGUUUAACGACCAGCGCCGGAAUCUACCGCAGCUCUCUGCAGGUGUUGUUUUUCCUGUGCAGUGUGCUGUCGAAAAAAGCCUAUUUGCUGUACAACAUCCUGUCUCCUUUAGAUUUCCCUUGUGUGACACUGUUGAGUUUUCUGCAAACGGCCGGACGGAGUAAUGUGAAUGUUGCCGCCUUAUGUAAACUCAUUCAGGGUCAUGCAUCAGUCACCACAUCAGCCGAAAGUCAACUGCAAAGUUGGUCCGCUCUUGUUGACCAUCCAGAAUGUCUACUGCAUUCCAUGGCCAUUCGCUACGACGGACUUGUUAACGGACCCGCCCUUGCCUCUUUGGUUGACGUAGUCGGACGUAAUUCAACGCUUCACACUCUUAAAAUUUCAUCGGUGAUUGGUCAAGGUCUCGAGGCAGUAGAAUUGUCACAAGUGGCGCGCCAGCUCGGACCUAUGAUGAGCAAGCCAAAGCUGCAGACGCUAGAAUUGGCCAUUUCGUCAUUUGAUGAAGACGUUUCUAUUGCUGACGCACUUCAACCGCUCGUCGAUGCCCUUUGCUCGUCCAUUGGAAAAACAGCCAUUUCCAAACUCGUCCUCGACAUGGAAUUAAGCGCAGAACAAGUGACGCAACUCGGUCAAGUGUUGCCGACGAGCAGCGUCCGCUCGUUGCAUCUUCUGCACUUGUCGUGCGCAUGGGACGGACUUCAGGCUCUAACCUGUUUAAUUAAUAAUGCAGGCAGCAGCGUAACAGGUCUCGAUUUAAGUGGCUGUUGGGCCGCCACGUCCUCAGCCAGCCAAACGCAACAGACGGUCGUUGAUUCGCCAACGGCGUGUGGCACUCUUUCCGGUAGUAGUAGUUGCUCGACCGGCUCUCCAGUUGCUACUCCCACGCCUGACCCACUAAACCAUCACUCGCCUCGACCGACUAAACAGCAACAGCAAUUUCUCUCGUUGCCCAGGAGGCCUACUCGUGGAUCGCGUAGCUAUAGUAGCCUGACCCGAGCAGGACAACAAAACACUCAACAAGGGUUGUCGUCGUCUUCCAAUUAUCUGUCGCGAACGGACGAAAAGCGCCGUUCAGAUUCUAUGCUCUUCCAGAAGGUAUUGCUGCCACUACCGGCAUGUGAUCGUUCAUCCCAUUUGCAGUGCGGUUUCCAUCUACUGUUUGAAGCCUUGAGACAUCCGUCUUGCCGACUAACACAGCUCAAUCUCAGCAAGUCUUCCUUAAGUGUUUCUGACGCCAUGUGUUUAGGCGAAAGUUUACGAAAAAACCGUGUCCUCGUUUCUCUUCGAUUGGAAGGUCUCUCCAGUCUGAAGGAAGUUCUUCCCGUUUGUUUAUCGCUGGCCGAAAACAAGGCUCUCCAGCUACUUGACGUCAGCUCCAACCAUGUGUUGGUAAACGAUUCCGCAUUCCAGCUCAUCUGCCGCGCCUUGGGCCGUAAUUGUAGUUUACAAUCACUGAGAAUGUGCGGCUGGACUUUCUGCCUGGAAGAAGAAGAUACUUUCAAGACGCUGUCGGAUGCCGUUCAAACCAGUCGGCUUCGAGAAUUAGCACUUUCCUCUUCUCUAAUUCGUAUCCCCUUUCAAGAUAAACGAAGUCGAUUGUCAUCAGCUCUGCUCGGUCCAGUCAUGCUUGACGAACUGGUGGCGCUAAUGUCGCAAGAAGGCUUCGAUCAAGUUCGUUCUGACUGGUUGGCUUUUCUCAAACUGGAUAAUUGUCGAUUGGAACUGAAUAGCAAAUUAACUUUGCGUGGCGCCCACUUAGUCUUUUUUACAAGCGGGUUCCAGCGACUAAGUGAAGUCAAUCUGGCCCUUGAUGCCUCCAGCACCACAGAACCGCUUCGAGAUAAAGCAUCGCUGGCAUUUUUCCAAUCUUUGUCGCAAUCUUGUUCCCAACUCAGAACUUUAGUGCUGAAUAAUUGGAAAUUCCAGUGGAGUAAACCAGACAAAGUUCUUAAGGGAAUCGCUAAAAGUCUUAAAAACAUGUCGCUGAGUUGCAUCAGCUUGGAUGGGUUGGUUCUACAAGCAGACCAGCCAUCAUCGGUUGCGGAAUUGGCUUUUGCCUUAGUGCUCGUCUCAACUUUAAAUAAUCUAACACUCCUUUCCCUGAAUGGUUGGCGGUUCAGUAACGAAGAUUCCGUUGAUUUGGGCAAAGCGAUUCGCGAUAAACUGUCUAGCAAUGUGCUGGAAUUAUCUCUGAAAAACGUGCCAUCACAGACGACCAGGUUAAUAGUCAAGGUGGCAGAAGAGACUGGAAGAGUUGCCGUAAGCCGCGGAAGUAGCGCCGGCCUUUACCGAUUCAAAAAAACGGGUCGAGCCCCGGGUUUCCUCAACAAGAUGAUGCUCAUCACAUCCUCUUGGAAAGAAUGAAUUGCAAUCUUGAGUCUUAGUGUGAUUCUCAAACUGUGAUCGUUUGUUCCCUAAACACAAACCAGAUAGUUCGAUCUUUACUUCGUUUUUUGCAUCCCCCACCUAAGUGGCGCUUUGUUUUUCGCCAUGAUUUUUCUUACUGUUAUCACAUCCCAUGUUGCCAUUAAUCACAUGACCUUAAUGUAUUGUUGCCUUAUGGACUCGCCGUCUUUCUCGUUGGCUUUUUUCUUCGGCCCCUAGAUCCCGUAAUUGUUUUAAGAACCUCUCUUCGUUACAGGAGAUUUUCUUCUUCUCUUUUUCAAAGCAAUUGGUUUGAAUAGUUUUCACAUAAUGUUUUCAUUAGAUGUUCAAUAUAUUGACAUAUUGCAACA